AUGGUGCUGGGGAAGGUGAAGAGUUUGACAAUAAGCUUUGACUGUUUCAAUGACAGCAAUAUCCCUGUCUAUUCUAGCGGGGACACAGUCUCAGGAAGGGUCAGUUUAGAAGUUACUGGGGAAAUUAGAGUAAAAUCUCUUAAAAUUCAUGCGAGAGGGCAUGCAAAAGUACGUUGGACUGAAUCUAGAAAUGCUGGAUCCAACACUGCCUAUACACAAAAUUACACUGAAGAAGUAGAGUAUUUUAACCAUAAGGACGUUCUACUCGGGCAUGAAAGAGAUGAUGACAAUUCUGAAGAAGGCCUUCACACCAUUCAUUCAGGAAGGCAUGAAUAUGCAUUCAGCUUUGAGCUUCCACAGAUACCACUUGCUACCUCAUUCGAAGGCAGACAUGGCAGUGUGCGCUAUUGGGUGAAAGCUGAAUUGCAUAGGCCUUGGCUUCUACCAGUAAAAUUAAAGAAGGAAUUUACAGUCUUUGAACAUAUAGAUAUCAACACUCCUUCAUUACUGUCACCCCAAGCAGGCACAAAAGAAAAGACUCUAUGUUGUUGGCUUUGUACCUCAGGCCCAAUAUCCUUAAGUGCCAAAAUUGAAAGAAAGGGCUACACCCCAGGUGAAUCAAUUCAGAUCUUUGCUGAGAUUGAGAAUUGCUCUUCCCGUAUGGUGGUGCCAAAGGCAACCAUUUACCAAACACAGGCAUUCUAUGCCAAAGGGAAAAUGAAGGAAGUCAAACAGCUUGUUGCCAACCUCCGUGGGGAAUCCUUGUCAUCUGGCAAAACAGAAACCUGGAAUGGCAAACAGUUGAAAAUUCCACCUGUUUCCCCUUCAAUCCUUGACUGUAGUAUAAUCCGUGUGGAGUAUUCACUGAUGGUAUAUGUUGAUAUUCCAGGAGCCAUGGAUUUAUUCCUUAAUUUACCACUGGUCAUUGGUACCAUUCCUCUACAUCCAUUUGGUAGUAGAACAUCAAGUGUGAGCAGCCAGGGUAGCAUGAACAUGAAUUGGCUUAGUCUGACACUGCCUGAAAGACCAGAAGCACCUCCUAGCUAUGCAGAAGUGGUCACAGAGGAAAACAGACAGUCCAGCCUUGCACCUAUAGGUGCUUUUGAUGAUUUUGAGAGAGCACUUCAAGGACCAUUAUUUGCAUACAUCCAGGAGUUCCGUUUUCUGCCUCCACCCCUAUAUUCAGAAAUUGAUCCAAACCCAGAUCAGCCCACAGAUGAGAGACCAUCUUGCCCCUCUCGUUGAAGGAAUCCAUAAAAAGCUGACUUGACUUGGGUUUUGAAUCACACCUGCUGUGUUGAAGAUCAAGGUGUCAUAGUGGAGACUUGAUUUUAAAGGAAAUGGUGUUGCUCUUGCCUGUACGGUGAAUAAAUGAAAACAACCUGUGAUCAUGCUUUGACACCUACAGCACAUCAUAGGACUGCUCCACAUGCUUGAAAACCUGAGGCCCCCUCCCUUAAAUAGUGGCACAUACUAGGAGCAGCCUUACUAGCAUACAGUCACGUGUUUCCAAACACUCAAACCACGUUGUAAGAGAGAAAUGGCUGCUUCUUAUGAUUUGAAAAUUUGCACAUGCUUAUUGCUUAUGUUAUGCAGUUCAGUGUCACUACAGCUUUUUCUCAUUUAUGAUGGACUGUUGUUACACCCCCCCUUAAUUGUUUGUGAUCUGCACAACAAGGAACAAAAGAAAGCUUUGACAAAAAAAAAAAAGCGAUGAAGACUGACAAAUGCACUGACUCUUUUUUAAAUUUAAUGUAGCCUGGACUUUACCUGCAUAUGCACAUGCUCAGAAUUGUCCUAGUAGGCUGAUCAUGUAUCACCUCUUCAGCUUGGAUCCUAUUGUGGAUUUAUUUACAAACAUCACAUGCCUUCAAGCCAAUCCUUCUUACUGUAUGUUUUGCAGCCAACUGUAGUAGACAAGCAACAGAUAUGUGGGGGUGGGGGAAGAGAUAACAGAAGGAAACUAAAAAGAGACUUUGUCAAGAUUGUGUACCUUCUUGAUUUCUUUUAAGAAUUUGUUGCCUUUCUGCUAUUAUUGCAAAGCAACGUUUUGUUACAGACUGCUUAAAGAUCGCUUAAUCUCAGGUGAACUCAUCACUUGCCAAACUAUUAGAAUGCUAUUUGUUUUGUUAUGUUGCACUGUUGAGUUAUUUCUUUUGUUUUGUGUUCGUGUUUUGGUUUUGUUCUUUGAGGGGGAUUUUGAAUAGGGACAUGCACAAAACUUACAAAGUGAAAGCAGCACCAGCAGACACCAGCAAAGUGUGAAAAGAACUUUAAAAGGGGAUAGUCAGAUGCUGUCCAGGGUUCACAGGCAGAGAGAUAUCUCAACUAGUAGGGAUGGGAAGGAGAAGGUUUGUUUGUUGGUUUGUGUUUGUUUUUUUCAAAUAAUAUGUAGUUACCUAAUCACCAAAAAUUAUAUAUAAAAUGAGUCUCCAGUAGAAAGUAUAUUUCAGACUGCAAGAAAAGUUUGAACUAUGGCAACUAAGCAACAACUCAGUUUGUGCACUUUGUAUUAUCUUCAGGGUUUAUGAUACUGUAUCAUAGAAUACCAGGUUGGAAGGGACCUCAAGGAUCAUCUGGUCCAACCUUUCUUGGCAAAAGCAUGGUCUAGACAAGGUGGCCCAGCACCCUGUCCAGCCGAAUCUUAAAAGUGUCUAAUGCUGGGGAAUCCACCACUUCCCUGGGGAGAUUAUUCCAAUGGCGGAUUGUUCUCAUUGUGAAAAAUUGUCAGCCUUUCCUUGUAUGGCAGGCUUCCCAGUCCUUUGAUCAUCUUUGUGGCCCUUCUCUGGAUUCUCUCUGGCCUGUCCAUAUCUUUUUUGCAUAGCAGGGACCAAAACUGAACACAGUAUUCCAGAUGUGGCCUGACAAGCACU